AUGUCAACACCCGUCGAGACCCACACCGCCGACACGGCCGCCAAAGAGAUGAUCAAGGAGGUCGAGCUUCAGCUUCAUCCCGAAUGGGAUACUAUCCUUAUGGUCAGCGACGAGAAGGUUCGGAAGAAGUUAUACGUCUCGUCGCACUUUCUUCGAGUCACAUCUCCGUACUUCAAACUGCUUCUGACGUCUAGUUUCAGGGAAGGAACCCAAGUUCAGAACGGCGAACGCCCGAUCAUCCCGCUGGAGGAUGACUGCCCCGAAGCAAUGGAAAUCAUACUCUCCCUUCUUCACUACCGAGUACACUCCAGCCCAGUCCAUCUUACGCCCGAGAAGCUUGCGAAGGUCGCCAUGUGCUGCGACAAGUACGGCUGCGUCGGUCCGCUGCAGGCAUGGAUCGGCCAGUGGCUGAAUGAGCAGCCCAACUGCAAGAAGGCCACACCCAUCGAAGCCGGCUAUUUGUUGGUAUCCCUCCGAAUGUUCGGCCAUGAGAGCGAGUUCCAGCGGAUGUUGAAGAAGACCAUAAUGACUCUUCCCCUUGACUUCGACUUCGACGAAUGGACUGAGAACUCGGUCAUCUCGCAGCUGGAUGAGAGAAUCAUUGAACACAUCUCAGAACACAUUGCCGAGGCGUCUAAGAGCGUUCGCGGCGUCAUCGAAAGAACGAUCGUGAGCCUCGCCGACCAGGCACGCGUCAGUCUGAUGCACAGAGGACGCUGUCUACAUUGUCUCAAGGCCACCAAUUCGAGAGUGCGGAACAAGUGUUCCGAACCUGAGUGCGCUGGCUGCAAUGACGUUCUGAUUCCCAUGUUCUGCAGUCCAGAGCAACGCACGACGGAGUUCAUCAUGAUGCUGAUGAAGAACUCCCUGUGGCCUCCCAGCAAGAUUCCCGUGACGUGGUCCCUCAAGACACUCGAGUCUCACCUACAGAAGCUCCAGGAGAUGAACGUUCACGGCUGCAACCAAGAGCAGAACUGCCCGUUGAGACAGAACCUAGACGGCCUGCAUGCGGCCACGACCGCCAUCUUCCAGCAAGCACAAGUCGACUUCCAGCCCCGUGUCGAGACUGCGGUUGCUGUGAAGCCGGAACCCGAGGAAUCUUGA